AUGGCGAGCGACGAUGCAGUGCCUACAGGACCGAGGCAACGCACCUCUAGGCGCGCUGCUCCUAACGGCUCAGCAGGGCCACAGCCACGCGCCUCAUCAAGCUCUUCUUCCACCUCGCCUACGUCCUCAUCGACGUCCCUCUUUCCUGUCGGAGACAUCUCUCCGAUCCAGACUGGGCCAGAUGGCAUUCAUCGUGAUGUGGCCGCACCCCCUUUCAGGGUGCGAGCAACCGGCCCGCGAGGCGCAGCUCCAUCCGGACCUUCUUCUGGAUCAGCACCCAAUCGGACAACUCAACAGGGUCAAUCCAGUAGCUUACCUGCACAGAACGGGCCUCGUGGACACAUCGGAGUGCGCAUUGCCUCUUUCGAUGGACCUGCGCAGCAGCCUCAGCUGCUCGCAAAGUCCUCACUCGCACGCGCCGCAGAUGUUCCUCUCACCGCACCCAAAGGUCCCAGAAGGCCAGAGCCGCUGCCUGGUCGUCCUUCGCCUGCCGCUCGUGGUAGCAGCCCGGAGACGAGGAAGAUGUACGCUUCUAGAGAAGUCGCGCUGGUGAGGCGAGCUUUGCAGAAGGUGGACGAGAUGGGUCGCAUAGAGAAGCAGCAUCUCGCUUCUUGCCAAGAAAGUGGAGUGCGAGGGGUCGGCGAAGCUAUACUGACCCUUUGGCAGGUGAGCGGGUGAUGAGCAGCGUUGCCGAGACAGAGCAAUCUUACUCACACAUGUCUUGAUGCUCUUUCGUGCCAGACAUCAAGACCUGAUGAUCGAUGGCAACGCAAGAGGGAAGGUCUGCUGUGCAGAGUGCAAAAAGCCAUCGACAAAGGCUGGCCCGAUCAAGGUCUGAUCGUCACUCCGUUCGGCAGCAGCGUGACAGGCUUGGAAGGCGCCGAGAGCGACAUGGACUUGGUGCUGCUGGAUCAGACAAGGCCGCUCGGAGCAGCUACUGUGAGUAUGCUUGUUUCGCGGGGCGUGACUCGCAGCAGCAUCGCCAGCAAGCUGACUCACUUUGUCUCACAUGACUUGUGUCGGAACGCUUUCAGCCACUUCAUCUCACGUUGCCGAGUCCGAGGCCGGUGCGCCUUGUUCGCGGUAUGCCGGACUUUUACGACGUCUACACCGUCAGCAAGGCGCUUAGACGGCAAGGCUUCGAGUCCGUCGUUCCAGUCGCCUACGCUGCCGUUCCGAUCGGUGAGCGCGUUCGGAUGAAUCGUUGAUCUUGUCUGGCUGUCGUCUGGCUGAACACCUUAUCGCCAUGGCUUGGGCAUCUAGUCAAAUUCAAGGACUCGAGAACCGGACUUGAUCUGGACCUCAACAUUAAUGAUCGCUUUGGGCUUCAGAAUUCAGCACUGAUCAAAGCUUACGCAGAGUUGAGACCCCAGCUGCUCCGACCGCUGAUCUUCGCUGUCAAGCACUGGGCCAAACGAAGAUUCUUGAACGAUCCAGCUGGAAAUUUUGGACAACCGUCUAUGAGCAGUUAUGCCCUCUCUCUCCUGGUCAUACAGUAUCUGCAGUCCACUGGCGACUUGCCCAAUCUUCAAUCUCCUCAGCUUCUGAGAGCUCUGAACAUGCCUAAAGAACGCAUGUGGAAACCUCCUCGGCCUCAAGCGCCGAAUGUCAUGGCUAAGAUUUUGCAGGCGCGAGAGCGAGAUCGCAAGCAAGGCAAGCAUGUAGCUGAACUGGUGGGGGCAAAGUCGUACGAGACCACAUUUACCUUUUUGCGGGACCCGCACGAGUGUGCCAAAUACCGCCAAGAGCCACAAAGUCUUGCUGAGCAGCUUGAAGCACUUGGCACUGCCUUUGCCGGCUUCUUUGCGUGGCUGCGCGGAAGUUCGGGACUGUUCAAGACUUCUGCAGCUUCUAUCGUUGCUGGUGGCUUUAUACCGAGGACGCCGUACAUGACUGAAGCGGAAAGGAAGCUAGCGAAGAAGAAGAAUCGAGAGGCUAGAAGUCAGGCAGACCCGCAACACCGGCAAAAGGAAUCCACCGCCUUGAUUCGGACCACAGAUGGUCAGCAGACCAGCAACGACAUCGAGAUGGAAGCAUCAGACACGACCGCGAUUUCUGAAGAACCUGACGACUCUACCGUGUCCGUGGACGAGUCGAUAGAACUAUCAGAGCCUCCUAGAGAUAGCGAUCAUGGCGGCGAGAAGUCUGAUCCAGCAGCGGGGAGAGCUUUCGAUGAAUCUGCUCCACGUCACUGGGACGAUUCCGACACUACAGACGUCAUCUCACUAGAACGGUACGAUGAGCCAGAGUCGUGGGCCAACAACCCCAUCGUCGUGCAAGGUGAGGAGGAGUUGGGUUGAUGUCAAAGCAUGCUCCUGAUGAGUCUUUGCUAACAGCCAACGGCCUGCUCAGAUCCCUUCAUCGUCGACCGCAAUUGUAGCGGGGCAAUCAGGGAGGUGACAGCUCAAAGAUUCGAAGACGAGGUGGAAAGAGCCACUGGCAUGCUUGCACGAGCGCUGCAGGCGAGGAGAGGCGCGCAGUCCAGCGCCGCAUUGGUCCUGGCUGAUCUUUGCGAAGACGUUCGCAUUGCAGAUGCGGGCUAUUACGUGCAUGAUGUUGAGGAGCGGACAGUGGGCAUGACCAUUUCCAGAAGUCCCACGACUUUCAUUCGACCCGAAAUGCCUGAAUCUUUUGGUCGAAACGGGUCGAGAAUCCUGGCACUGCUCGACAAGCCAGAGCGCGACGAGCUUGAUCAGCUCUUGCAAACGCAGGCUUUGGAGGAUGAAUUGGAGAGAAACACGCGCCAGACACGGGCCAUGGUUGAGAGACGCGAGUUCAUGGCCGGCAGAGAAGGGAAGCGACAGCACCGAGGUGGCGCACGAGACAGAGCGAAACGAGACACAAACCAGCAUAGCUCGAAAAGUCACGACAAGCUGCUCGGGACGACUCGAGCACAGUGA